AGAGAGAGAGAGAGAGAGAUCGCAGAAGCAAGAGCAGUGAUCACAAAUUAAAAUGCUGCUCCUCGCCACCCUGGUUGGCUGCAACUACGCCGGCACGCGGCGCGAGCUCAGUGGCUGCAUCAACGACGUCUUCCUCAUGCGGCAGAUCCUCGUCCGCCAGUUCGGCUUCGAGGAACGCAACGUCACCGUGCUCAUCGACAACAAUACUCAUCUCAUGACGGAGCCCCCGACGGGCGCCAACAUCAAGCGCGCGCUGGACAGGAUGGUGCAGCGCGCGCGCGGGGUGAGAAGGGCCCAUCUCUUCUUCCACUUCAGCGGCCACGGCACGCUCCUGAGAGGAGGGCCGUACGGCCGUCCCCACGAUGCCAUCAUGCCCAGCGACUCCAACCUCAUCACGGAUGUGGAUUUCCGGCGGCUGGUGGACCAAGUGCCCCAGACCGCGACCUUCACCAUGGUGUCGGACUCGUGCCACAGCGGUGGACUCAUCGCCCAGGAGAGGGAGCAGAUCGGACCCACUGCCUCUGCCUUGAACCGCGCCGGUGGCGGUGGCGGCCGCCGCACUCGGUUCCUUCCCUACGAGACCGUCUUGCAGCACCUUGGCGUCGCUAAUCUCCACCAACUCGAGAGGCACAUGGUCGCGACUUUCGGCGACGACGCAAGUGCCUUGUUCCGCCACGCGCGGGCGCCGGUGCCGGUGCCGCGGCCCAACUCCGCGAUCCUGCUGAGCGCGUGCCAGUUGGACGAGUCGGCGGACGAGCAGGACAAUUACGGGGCCUUCACCCUCGCGCUGUCCAACUUGCUGCGCGGACCGAACGACGUUGGGAACCACUGGGAGGUGGUGACGUUAGCGAGGUCUAUGCUGCAGCAGAGGGGGCACACGCAGCAGCACCCCUGCCUCUACUGCAGCAACGACAACGUUGGCAGGCUGUUCCUCAGCUGAGGGGGCGCCAUACUACUCUCUCCUUCCAAAAAUACUUGUCAUUAAAAUGGAUAGAAAGAGGUAUAUCUAGAACUAAAAUACGUCUAGAUACAUCCCUUUUUGUUCAUUUUGAUGACAAGUAUUUUCGGACGGAGGAAAUAUUAUUUUAUAGUAUUUGUUGCCAUCGUCACUAGUUUAUUUAUUUACUCAUCUUUUGCUUGUUCCUUUUGGUGUGUGUGUGACUUCAUGUUUUGCUUGUUGUGACGGAUGGAUGCUUUCUGUUGAGUCUUGUGUGUAAGCAAUGCACGAGCCCACGAUGCAUGUGUGCGCGCCGUGUAUUGUAGAGUAAUCUAUAUCUGUAUCUAUAUCUAUACCUACCUUUUUUUACUAAAUAAAGCAG